UUUGCUUUCGUUUUUUAUUAAUCAGCGAUCUCAUUCUCUAGCUGUCCCAGAUAACAUGGCCUCAUCUUCUCCCUCUCUAAUGUUCACAGUGCGAAGGUGCCAACCUGAGCUGGUGGCUCCUGCUACACCCACUCCUCACCAACUUAAACCACUAUCCGACAUAGAUGAUCAAGACGGCUUUCGUUUCCAGGUUCCAAUUAUUCAGAUUUAUCAUAACCAACCAUCAAUGGCAGGGAAAGACCCUGUUGAAGUCAUUCGGCAGGCACUGGCAAAAACACUUGUUUUCUAUUACCCAUUUGCCGGUAGGCUUAGGGAGGGCCCUGACCGCAAAUUAAUGGUGGAUUGUACUGGGGAGGGCGUCAUGUUCAUUGAGGCUGAUGCAGACGUAACACUUUAUCAGUUUGGUGGUGAAGCUCUCCAACCUCCAUUCCCAUGCUUCCAAGAACUUCUAUAUAAUGUUCCAGAGACUGAAGAAAUUACUAACACUCCCCUUCUACUCAUACAGGUGACACGACUCAGGUGUGGUGGUUUCAUCCUGGCCACUCGCAUGAACCACACCAUGAGCGAUGGAGCUGGUUUGUCACAAUUCAUGAACACUUGGGCUGAAAUGGCUCGAGGUGUUAAAAGUCCUUCCAUUGUACCUGUGUGGCGUAGGGAGCUCCUAAUGGCAAGAGAUCCACCUCGCAUUACAUGCAACCAUCGCGAAUACGAGCAUGUCCCAGACACCAAGGAAGGGACCAUCACUUCCUCGUACGACAACGACAACAACAUGGUUCAUCGAUCAUUCUUCCUAGGACCUGUCGAGAUAGCAGCCCUUCGCCGCUUGAUUCCCCAUAACCUUAAAUACUGCACCACAUUUGAUAUCAUCACAGCAUGCUUGUGGCGCUGUCGCACAAAAGCAUUGCAAAUAGAGGCAGAUGAGGAUGUUCGCAUGAUGUGCAUAGUCAAUGCACGUGCCAGGUUCAAUCCUCCAUUACCUGUUGGUUACUACGGCAACGUUUUUGCAUACCCUGCAGCAAUCACCACUGCAGGGAAGCUUUGUGGAAAUCCAUUUGGGUAUGCGGUGGAGUUAAUCAACAAAGUGAAACGUGAGGUGACGGAGGAGUAUAUGCAUUCUGUGGCAGAUCUAUUGGUGAUCAAGGGACGAUGCUUAUUUAACACUGUACGGUCUUAUAUUGUGUCGGAUUUGUCACGUGCCAAGUUUAGGAAUGUAGAUUUUGGGUGGGGUGAUGCUGUGUUUGGUGGACCGGCAAAAUGUGGGGCAGGGGCUUUUCCAGGAGUUUCCUAUUUCACCCCGGGUAAGAAUGCAAAAGGAGAAGAAGGUAUAAUAUUUGCGAUUGGGUUGCCUGAUGAAGCAAUGGAGAGGUUUGCAAAAGAGUUGAAUGACAUGCUUAGGAACCAAAACCAACCUCAAACGAGUGGUGCUAACUUUAUCAUGUCUUCCCUGUAAUUUGUAGCUUAUGGAAACUUAAUACAUUGAAGGAAAAUAAUGCAUGAAGACCCGCCACCAUGGUAGUUGAUAGGUAGUUGAUAUGUACUUUAGAGUAAAAAAUAAGAGAAGAAUGUUGGAAUGAUAUAGAUGAUAUAAAAUUUAAAAUUGAUUCAAAGUGGUAGGAAGUUUGACAAUGAAGAAAAGGCAAGGCCAAUCUUUUUCCCGUGUCAGAAUUUAUCCUCCCAAGUUUGUUUUCACACAGUUGUAUGUUGUGUUAGGAUAUAUAUGAGAAUGUUUAAAGAUCUUCACAGGUA